GGCAUGAGCAACGGGCCCGCGGGGGCUGGGGCCCAGCAGUACCGAGUGGGGCCGGGCCAGCACCCGGGCGUGCAGCACCUGCCCUCCCCGGCGCUGACCUUGAACGUUAUGGACACUGAGCUCAUAGAUGAAGAGGUCUUGACAUCCCUUGUCCUGGAACUGGGCUUGGACCGGAUUCAGGAGCUGCCAGAGUUAUUCUUGGGACAGAACGAGUUCGACUUCAUUUCAGACUUUGUUAGCAAACAGCAACCCAGUGCCAUCAGCUGUUGAGGGGCUUUGAGCUCCUCCUUGUGUCUCGGUGGUUUCGAGUUUGUUUUUAACUUCCUUCUCCACCUUGCCAUCCUCCUCCCUUCCCUUGCCUUGCCCUGUCCUGGAUUCUUGACCUCCCCAAGGGGACAGUCGUCGCACACUGGCUUGCAAUGGAUUGCUUUUAUCUUCUGUGUGGUUUUUCCGUGUGGGAGUUCCCGGAGAGGAGGUGUGUACCCCAAACAGAGAGCAGAUCAAGAGCUCCUGCCGUAGAACUGCCUUGAAAUGGCAUUAACAGGAUUUCUGGCUUAAGUAGAUAGAAUGGACUUAGGACUUUUCACAACCCAGCUCGGAGCACGGGCAGCUGGCAGCCCUGCCGGGAGCUGGAUUUGCUCGAGGAUUCCAUCGUGCCAGCGGAGUCGAAGGAUCCCCUGAGAGAGGAUUGUCUCCCUGGUGCAUGGUUUGAACCAGUUUCCCCUUGCAGACAUGGGUGGGGUUAGAUAUUUGUUGGGAAGUUUUACUGUGACAGUAACUUAGGUCUUCAGUGGUGUCUGUUCGGCUCGGGAAGGGGCACUUCCCCUCAGCAGG